CUCAAACCCUUGACGCCUGAAGAGCUCAAGGCUCUUAACGAAGCAAAAGCACGCACUGGUGUCGUUUACCUGUCAAAAGUACCACCAUUCAUGAAACCACACAAGGUGAAGCACUUGCUUUCAAAGUACGGUGAGGUUGGCCGAAUCUUCCUUGCCCCAGAAGACCCCAAGUCUUAUGCCAAACGUGUUCGUUUUGGUGGAAACAAACGACGCAUGUUUGCAGAAGGAUGGAUUGAAUUCAUGGAUAAGCGGAAAGCCAAGCUCGUUGCAUCAACGCUGAAUGCAGAACCCAUCGGUGGCAAGAAGAAUGGCUUCUACCAUGACGAUCUUUGGAAUCUCAAGUAUUUGCCUAAAUUCAAAUGGGAAGACUUGACGGCUCAAAUUGCAGCUGAGAACGCAAGUCGCCAAGCCAGACUGCAGGUUGAGCUACAGCAAGCGAAGCGAGAAGACCGUCACUACCUGCAGAAUGCCGAACGUGCCAAGAUGAUUGAAGGUAUGCAAAAGACACGAGAAGCAAAG